AUGGUCGAUGUGGAAGCCUCUACGCUUGAUGCUCUCGUAAAUUUCUGCUACUCUGGAAAGAUCAUGAUCACCGAGGAUAAUUCACUGAGUAUUCUGGCCGCAGCCUGCCGUUUUCAGUUGGACAAAGUUCAGGGACUCUGCUGCGAGUUUCUGAAGGAGAAUUUGGGCCUAUCGAACUGCCUUGAAAUUCACGCGACUGCUGAUGCUCACUCUUGUCAGGAGCUCUUUCUUUGCGCUGAGAUGUACAUCGUCCAGAAUUUCCAGAAAGUUGCUGAGAGUGAGAAUUUCAACCAGCUUUCUUUCGAUCGACUAGUCAAACUAAUUUCAAGAGAAGAGCUGAAUGUUCAAUCAGAAGAACAGGGACUCUGCUGCGAGUUUCUGAAGGAGAAUUUGGGCCUAUCGAACUGCCUUGAAAUCCACGCGACUGCUGAUGCUCACUCUUGUCAGGAGCUCUUUCUUUGCGCUGAGAUGUACAUCGUCCAGAAUUUCCAGAAAGUUGCUGAGAGUGAGAAUUUCAACCAGCUUUCUUUCGAUCGACUAGUCAAACUAAUUUCAAGAGAAGAGCUGAAUGUUCAAUCAGAAGAACAGCUGCUGGAGCAUGUGCGACUUGCUUCUUGCCAUCCGAAAUUCCUUGUUGGAACAGAACUUCUCAACUUCUGCGACUAUCUACUUACGGACCACUGGAACUGCAAGGAAGGAAAUCUCGCAAAUCAUUCGAAACAGGCGAAGUAUUAUACGUUGGUAUGGCAAAUUAUUGCCUUC